AUAAAAACGCCGAGUAUGCAAGGAACAUAUGUACUUACAUGGUGCAAGGCAUCGGUGACAGGAUUACGCUUAGCAAACUUCAACUCGAUCAAAAACACUUUUACAAAGUCUUGCAGAUUAAGUCGGCAAAACUUCCAUUUUCAUUUGAUGAAGUCGAAAAAUACUUGGAAAGCGAAUUGAAGAAUACACAAAAGGAGUUGAAAAAACUAAUGUGCUCAAAUUCAGUUGUAGAUCAGCCAACAGUGAGAAGUUGGUUAUGGGUACCGAACAAUAUUGCAACAUGGGAAGGUGUUGGAAUAACAUAUGAAGAUUAA